CCCUCCUGACCUUGGACAUGGAAUAGCUCCUCUCAGCCCUUCUGCGACAGCACAGCCGCUGCUCCUUGGACAUGGGGUAGCUCCUCUAGGCAGCAGCAGUCACUACAGGUAGUCUGUUAUUAUGCAUAGUUAUUUUUUUGUUGUUUUUUAAACUUUUGGCCACAUAGCAUAGCAUGUGGAAUCUUAGUUCCCCUCCAGGGAUUGAACCUGAGUUUCCUGAAUUGGAAGCAUGAAGUCUCAACUGCUGGACUGCCAGGGAAGUUUCAUUCUUAUGCUUAACUUUUGACCACCUACAUUGUUUAUAAACUGACAACAAAUUAAACACCUAAUGUAUGCUGACUUUAGAUUUUUAUUUAUCACUGAAAAAAAAAUUAAAGAUAUUGCUGUUAGCCAAUAGUUUGAUUUAGACAACUUUGCAUGUGGAAAAAUGUUUAUUCAAUUCUGUGAAUAUUAAGACAUGCUUAUUUUACAAGAAUGAGUGGGAAACUGGAGAUCAAUACUCACACCAGUGGUAAGAUAUACAAGUCUCAUAAACUUUGAUAAUUACAGAAGAAAUUAGUUUUGACAAAAAUGAUGAAUGUUAGCUUUAAUUGGACGUUCAUCUGACUUAGGUCAGUAUGGUAAUCAUCCCCUGGAGAAGAGAAUGGCAACUCACUCCAGUAUUCUUGCCUGGAGAAUCCCAUGGACAGAGGAGCCUGGUGGGCUACAGUCCACGGGCUUGCAAAAGAGUCGGAAACGACUGAGCGACUAAGCACACACGUGGUAACCGAGACAUGCUGACUACUGUGGCAACAGAAUCUCAGCAGUGGAAUCAGUGCAGUAGAGGUUUUCAGGUGCUCACGUUAUAGCCGAAUCGGAAGCUGUGGGUAGCUCUCUGUUCCAUGAGGUGAUUCUUCUUCUUGUGGCCCUGCAUAUCUGAAGCCUCACAGUCUCCAUCAGAUCUCCUGCCUCCAGCUGGCAGAUGCGGGUGAAGGACAGGUGGAGAUCACAUAGGAGAAUUUAGGGGGAAGGCCUGGGGGUGGCAGGUAUCACUUUUACAGACAUUCUUUGAACAAAUAGCAGUCACGUGGCCCCAGGGAGUCACAGAUGUGCCUGAGCCUGUGCUCUGGACAGGAAGGAAAAGGGACAUGGCACUCCUUCGGUCAUGGUUGCUCGGGUGUGUGUGUGAUUGUGAAGAAACAGAAAAAGAUGGAGUACCCCGUAAAUACUGUCUGAAUUUUAAAAUUGUCCAUCAGAAGCAAAUAGAGUCUAGGAUUUGAUGAUUUGUGGCACUUUAGGAAUAGACCUGAUCCUCCAACCACCAUUGCCUUGCUCUGAUAUAUGUCCAGAGGUCUCUAAUCUUUUUGAUAUCAGGGACCAGUUUUAUGGAAGACAGUUUUUCCAAAGACCUGGGAGGCGAUGGUUUGGGGAUGAUUCGAACACAUUAUAUUUAUUGUACAUUUUAUUUCUAAUCUAAUGCCACCACUGAUCUGACAGGAAGGGCCAGUCCAUGGCCCAGAGGUUGGAGACCCCUGAAUUGUAGGCUGCUGUGGGCUUAUGGAAAUGGGAAUAAAAAUAGAUAUCCAGUUAGGUUGCAAGUAGCCUCCCCUUCCCUCAUAGUUCACUUGGUAAAGAAUCUUCCUGCAAUGCAGGAGACCUGGGUUUGAUUACUGGGUCAGGGAGGAUCCCCUGGAGAAGGGAAUGGCAACCCACUCCAGUAUUCUUGCCUGGAGAAUCCCAUGAACAGAGGAACCUGGCAGACUACAGUCCAUGGGGUCGCAAGAGCUGGACACGACUUAGCGACUAAAGCACAACCUCCCCUUUUGCAGGCAUUGGGUUCUAAAGAAUUUAAAGAAGAAAUAUAAAUUGUGAGUAUUUUUCCUACAAGGCUUUGAAUGUCCCUGACAAACCUAACUUUCUGUCUGAUAUUCUAGACUUUUCUAUCUGACUGUCAAAUCUCUGGUAACAGCAAAGAAGGGUUCUGUAUUUUUAAUUUAGUCAAUGUAUCUUGGGAUUGACCAGGACAGUCAUGUUGGAGUAACACCUUCAGAGAGGCAGAAGGGGAAUUCCAAAUUCCAGGAUAGAAGAGAUUUCAUUGAAGGGAUUUCCAAGCAAGUGGGAAACUUCCAAAUGAUUAAGUCAGGAAGCCCAGCGAUUUCCCACAGAAGUGUCCCUCUGUGUUGGCUAAAUCUCCACACACAAUGUAAGCACUCUCCAGUGGGAGACAAAAUAUCAUAUUCCCUGACAGCUUUAAAACAGUAUAAAGCUAUGAAUCGGCUGUUGAUCCUUUUAUCACAAUCAUUGUCUCUAGAAUUAGAUGUUGAUCUCCUGAAGGGCAGGGUUCUAACCUUCAAAUCUAAUUUUGUGUCACAAACACAGUACAAGUUAAAGAACUGUCCACUUACCGUAACAAAUAGGCAAGCUCUGCCGUAAGACGCUUAAAAAGAAGAAUCUGGCCUCCAACACUGACCUCCUGGUGCAGAGGCGAUCCUCAGUCUUUUUCUCAAGCAAUGGGUUAUAUGGGUUCUACUCUCUUCUCAACCCCGAAAAUAGAAUGUCAACUCCCUUCACUGACUGCUUUUUUCUUUGCCGUGUAAAAGAGAACAUGUUGGCCUUUUUUCAUCAGCGUUUGUUGUUAUUGAGUGUUAUCAUUUAUGCCUUAGGAUCAAUCAUGAUUAGACUCAACAAAUCAUCUGUGAAAGACUGCAUUCUAUUGACCUAGGCAAAUCCAGACAAAAACAACAGAAAUUAUUCUUCAGCAGCCCCUAGCUCAGGAUUAUGGUAGAAACUUGAAACCUAUUUCUAAGCUCAGUGUCUUGCAGGAGGAAGGAAUUGGAUGGAGCUAAAUGGAAGGAAACCCACAGUAAAUAUCUGUCAGAAUGACGGCCGAGGAGACAGGCUCUUCUCAUAGGUGUUUCUAAGCCCUGCAAUCAGCUUUCCAGAUCAAGUCCUUCACAUCGCUGCACUUCCUGUCGGAGCCCUCUGAUGCAGUCACCAUGCGCGGAGGGAAUGUCCUCCUAAACUGCUCUGCCGAGUCUGACCGGGGUGUCCCCGUCAUCAAGUGGAAGAAAGACGGCAUCCACCUCGCCUUGGGAAUGGACGAAAGGAAGCAGCAACUUCCAAAUGGGUCUCUGUUGAUCCAAAACAUACUUCACUCCAGGCACCAUAAGCCAGACGAGGGACUUUACCAAUGUGAGGCGUCUUUAGGGGACGCUGGGUCAAUUGUUAGCCGGACAGCAAGAGUUGCAGUAGCAGGACCCCUGAGGUUCCUCUCCCAGACAGAAUCUGUCACUGCCUUCAUGGGCGACACAGUGCUACUCAAGUGUGAAGUCACUGGGGAGCCGAUGCCAACAAUACACUGGCAGAAAAACCAGCAAGACCUGACCCCCACCCCUGGCGACUCCCGUGUGGUGGUCUUGCCCUCCGGAGCCUUGCAGAUCAGUCGACUUCAACCGGGGGACAUUGGAAUCUAUCGAUGCUUAGCCCGGAAUCCAGCCAGCUCAAGAACAGGAAAUGAAGCAGAAGUCAGAAUCUUAUCAGAUCCGGGACUGCACAGGCAGCUGUAUUUUCUGCAAAGACCAUCAAAUGUAGUCGCCGUUGAAGGAAAGGAUGCCAUCCUGGAGUGCUGUGUUUCCGGCUACCCUCCCCCGAGUUUUACCUGGCUCCGAGGAGAGGAAGUCAUCCAACUCAGGUCCAAAAAGUAUUCUUUAUUGGGUGGAAGUAACUUGCUUAUCUCCAAUGUGACAGAUGAUGACAGUGGAACUUACACCUGUGUUGUCACAUAUAAAAAUGAGAAUAUCAGUGCUUCUGCAGAGCUCACAGUCUUGGUUCCGCCAUGGUUUUUAAAUCACCCUUCCAACCUCUAUGCCUAUGAAAGCAUGGAUAUUGAGUUUGAAUGCACAGUCUCUGGGAAGCCUGUGCCCACUGUGAACUGGAUGAAGAAUGGAGAUGUGGUCAUUCCUAGUGAUUAUUUUCAGAUAGUGGGAGGAAGCAACCUGCGGAUCCUUGGGGUGGUGAAGUCGGAUGAGGGCUUUUAUCAGUGCGUGGCUGAAAAUGAAGCCGGAAACACCCAGACGAGUGCGCAGCUCAUUGUCCCUAAGCCUGCCAUCCUGAGCUCCAGUGUCCUCCCUUCAGCUCCCAGAGACGUGGUCCCUGUCCUGGUCUCUAGUCGGUUUGUCCGUCUCAGCUGGCGCCCACCUGCAGAAGCAAGAGGGAACAUCCAAACUUUCACGGUCUUCUACUCCAGGGAAGGUGACAACAGGGAACGAGCAGUGAACACGUCGCAGCCCGGGUCCCUCCAGUUUACCGUGGGAAACCUGAAGCCAGAAGCCAUGUACACCUUCCGAGUCGUAGCCUACAACCAGUGGGGGCCUGGGGAGAGCUCUCAGCCCAUCAAGGUGGCCACCCAGCCUGAGCUGCAAGUUCCAGGGCCAGUGGAAAACCUGCAAGCUGUAUCUACCUCACCUACCUCAAUUCUUAUUACCUGGGAACCCCCUGCCUAUGCAAACGGUCCAGUGCAAGGUUACAGAUUGUUCUGCACUGAAGUGUCCACGGGGAAAGAACAGAAUAUAGAGGUUGAUGGGCUAUCUUAUAAACUGGAAGGCCUGAAAAAAUUCACGGAAUAUAGCCUUCGAUUCCUAGCUUAUAACCGCUAUGGGCCAGGAGUAUCUACUGACGAUGUGACAGUGGUUACGCUUUCUGAUGUGCCAAGUGCCCCGCCUCAGAACGUCUCCCUGGAAGUAGUUAAUUCGAGGAGUAUCAAAGUAAGCUGGCUGCCUCCUCCAUCAGGAACACAAAAUGGAUUUAUUACCGGUUAUAAAAUUCGACACAGAAAGACAACCCGCAGGGGUGAGAUGGAAACACUGGAGCCAAAUAACCUCUGGUACCUGUUCACAGGACUGGAGAAAGGAAGUCAAUACAGUUUUCAGGUGUCAGCCAUGACAGUCAACGGCACUGGCCCGCCUUCCAACUGGUUCACAGCAGAGACUCCGGAGAAUGAUCUGGAUGAGUCUCAAGUUCCUGACCAGCCAAGCUCUCUUCAUGUGAGGCCCCAGACCAACUGCAUCAUCAUGAGUUGGACCCCUCCCUUGAACCCAAACAUUGUGGUGCGAGGUUACAUCAUCGGAUAUGGUGUUGGGAGCCCUUAUGCUGAGACAGUACGUGUGGACAGUAAGCAGCGCUACUAUUCCAUCGAGAGGUUAGAGUCAAGUUCCCAUUAUGUCAUCUCCCUAAAAGCUUUCAACAAUGCAGGAGAAGGAGUUCCUCUUUAUGAAAGUGCUACCACCCGGUCUAUCACAGAUCCCACUGACCCGGUUGAUUAUUAUCCUUUGCUUGAUGACUUCCCCACCUCGGUCCCAGAUGUCUCCACCCCCAUGCUCCCCCCAGUAGGUGUGCAGGCUGUGGCUCUCACCCACGAUGCCGUGAGGGUCAGCUGGGCAGACAACUCUGUCCCCAAGAACCAAAAGACGUCCGAAGUGCGACUUUACACUGUCCGGUGGAGGACCAGCUUUUCUGCGAACGCAAAAUACAAGUCAGAAGACACAACGUCCCUGAGUUACACGGCGACGGGCCUCAAACCAAACACGAUGUAUGAGUUCUCCGUCAUGGUCACGAAAAACCGGAGGUCCAGUACCUGGAGCAUGACUGCACACGCCACCACCUACGAGGCAGCCCCGACCUCUGCUCCUAAGGAUCUGACAGUCAUUACUCGAGAAGGGAAGCCUCGCACUGUCAUCGUGAGCUGGCAGCCUCCCUUGGAAGCCAAUGGGAAAAUUACUGCUUACAUCUUGUUUUAUACCUUGGACAAGAACAUUCCAAUUGAUGACUGGAUUAUGGAAACAAUCAGUGGUGAUCGGCUUACUCAUCAAAUCAUGGAUCUCAACCUGGACACUAUGUAUUACUUUCGAAUUCAGGCACGAAAUGCCAAAGGAGUGGGGCCUCUCUCGGAUCCCAUCCUCUUCCGGACUCUGAAAGUGGAACACCCUGACAAAAUGGCUAAUGACCAAGGUCGCCAUGGAGAUGGAAGUUAUUGGCCAGUUGAUACGAAUUUGAUUGAUAGAAGCACUCUGAAUGAACCACCCAUUGGCAAGAUGCACCCCCCACACGGCAGCGUCACUCCUCAGAAGAACAGCAACCUGCUUGUGAUCAUCGUGGUCACCGUUGGCAUCAUCACAGUGCUGGUGGUGGUGGUGGUGGCCGUGAUUUGUACCCGGCGUUCUUCAGCCCAGCAGAGAAAGAAACGGGCCACCCACAGCGUUGGCAAAAGGAAGGGCAGCCAGAAGGACCUGCGGCCCCCGGACCUGUGGAUCCAUCACGAAGAAAUGGAGAUGAAAAAUAUCGAGAAGCCGCCAGGCGCGGACCCGACGGCGCGGGACUCCCCCAUCCAGAGCUGCCAGGACCUCACGCCCGUCAGCCACAGUCAGUCAGAGACGCAGCUGGGGAGCAAGAGCACCUCUCAUUCAGGUCAAGACACAGAAGAAGCAGGGAGCUCCAUGUCCACUCUGGAGAGGUCACUGGCUGCACGCCGAGCAACCCGGGCCAAGCUCAUGAUCCCUAUGGACGCCCAGUCCAACAAUCCUGCUGUCGUGAGUGCCAUCCCCGUGCCAACCCUAGAAAGUGCCCAGUACCCAGGAAUCCUUCCAUCACCCACGUGUGGAUACCCCCACCCACAGUUCACCCUCCGGCCUGUGCCAUUCCCAACACUGUCAGUGGACCGAGGUUUCGGAGCAGGAAAAACGGUGAGCGAAGGACCAGCCGCCCAACAGCCAGCCAUGUUGCCCCCAGCGCAGCCCGAGCAUCCCAGCAGUGAGGAGGCACCCAGCAGAACCAUCCCCACGGCCUGUGUUCGUCCAACCCACCCCCUCCGCAGCUUCGCCAACCCUUUGCUACCUCCGCCGAUGAGUGCAAUAGAACCGAAAGUCCCUUACACACCACUGCUGUCUCAGUCAGGGCCUACUCUUCCCAAGACUCAUGUUAAAACAGCCUCUCUUGGGUUGGCUGGAAAGGCAAGAUCUCCUUUGCUUCCUGUAUCUGUGCCGACAGCCCCUGAAGUGUCUGAGGAGAGCCACAAACCAACAGAGGACCCAGCCAAUGUGUAUGAACAGGAUGAUCUGAGUGAACAAAUGGCAAGUUUGGAAGGGCUGAUGAAGCAGCUUAAUGCCAUCACAGGCUCGGCCUUUUAACACGCAUUGCCGAAUUGAUGAGCUGAAUUUGCGGGAACCUGUGCAGCAUUACCAAUUACCCACCAACAGCACACCUGUGUCCAAGGACGCUAACCAGUGUACAGGUCAGCCAUCAAGACCACUCACUCCUGGAAGAUCCUGCAGCAGUUCAGAAGGAAGACGCAGUCCUUCCUUCCUGGGCAUCAGGAGUUUCAAAAUGAGGACUCUGGGGUCCCUUAACAAAAGCUAAGACACAUCUUCACUGCAGUGCCAAAGCUGAAGCUGCGAGAACAGUCCUGGGCCUUUGCCACUGCAGUGACCGCACUGUCAUGACAAACACUUAACGUUCUUCAUCAAGGCCUGUCCAUUUCUCCUAAUGUGUAGGUCUAGUCUUACAAACGGCAAGUGCAUUAUUGAAGCCUGGACCCUGCCAUGGCAAACCAGUGCAAGCUCACUAUUUUGUUUCCAAAUUGAAAGUACAGAGCACCCAUGGGAACUUUCUCACCAAAGGAUUGGAUGUUUUUCUGACAGCACAAAAAAAGUAAACAGGCAAACAGAGGCUUCUGUCACGCGGUCACACUUGCACAGGUGGUGGGUAUCAGCAAGUGGCUGUGAAAUUCACCCGUGUUAGCAAGGUAUCUGUAAAUCCACCCUUGGUUAACACUGAUGUCUGGAGAACAGGAACACUUAAAAAUCUCCAGCUAGGGGCAUGCUGCCAGCCACCGGUCCACUUCCUGAAGGAGGAUACAAUAUGCAAUCUUCUCAGACACCCAGAAAUUAUGAGCUUAAAACUUCUAACAGUACACUGUUCAAUCUGGGUGGCUUUUGUGCCAUCCCACACUGUGAUGAUAUUUCAAAGCUUCACCAAGCCCGUCUCCCUCAGAAGUCUGGCUGGAAGAGUCCCCCUCUCCACCCCAUCCCUCCCUGAGUCCUCCUGGGCAGCCAGUCCCGGUCAGGUGGCCAGCUCCACACAUUCCAUGCCACCUGCCCCCGCCCCGAUCUACCUUCCCGAAACCCUCUGUGGAUGUGGCAGACCCAUCCCAUCCAAGGAAGGGAAGGAAAAUGGAAGGUGGUUUCAAACAGUACCUUCUCUUAAGUGAUGUCUCUUCCACCAGCAGGGUCCUCACUGACUCAGGGCAGGCAGUGUUGAUGAAUGGCGACCACCAGAUUUGUUGUCAAGGAAACUUUCUGCACCACGCCUGCCCAGAGUCAGAGAGGAACGGAGAGGAAGACACCACUUGACACUUCUGACACAUCAUCCUAAAUCCGGUGGAUGCUCUUUAAAACUGCAUCUUCAUUGUGAGCUAGAACCUUAAACUCCUAUUGCCAUGUUUAUCUACAGCUUGCAACUAGGUGAAAUUAAAAACAUUGUGUGUGCACCCUUUUAGUUUCUGAAUUUGCAGCUGCAGAUUUGGAGUUAAUCCAUUUGUGCAGCUGAAUCGCCAAAAGGGAGCCCGUUUGCAUAUUUAUGUUAGGCAACUUGAAAACCCAAUAAGAGAGUUUCAGCUGAAUUACUCCUUUCAGCUCUGCCUUUGAUUUCAAGCUUGAGUAGGUCAUAAUUUUAAAAGAGCAUGGAAGGAAUAGGAUCUUUACAACCUAAUAGCUCCUUUUAUUAGGUGGGUAAUUAUAUAUGAAUCCCUGAAUGAAAUAUUUUGAGCAAAAUGGCACUGUAACAGAAGUAAUAAUUCAGAUUAUUUUUUUACAGUUUUAUGUCGGGAAGGAAAUCUGAUGUCAAAGAGAGGGCUUGUUCAAAUGGUUCAUUAGAAAGUCCGGUCCAUUUGUGAAAUUGUUCUUUCAACAAGAGUGCUUGUUCAAUUUACUUAUAUUUUCAUGAAGUCCUUCUGAAGAGCUAUGUGACGUUAUCCUCUGGGGCAGAUAACUCUUAUUCAAUAUCUAAACACUUAGGCAAACAACACUCCACUGACCUGGAACAAGGCAUUUCAUAACAUAAUGUUGAGUCUUACAAAAAAUAAUCCAUGACAUCAGAAAAAAAAAUGUCCAUUAGCCCACCUUACCUUCUCAAGGUCCUAGGAUGGGUUUUCCAUUCUAAUCCUCACAAACACGGAACAUUCUCUGAAGGCAUCUGAUACCCAAGGAAAGUCACCCUGAGGGUCCAGUUUGGAAUGAGCUGCGGAUUUCAGGGAUUAGUCAUGUCUUCAAUCUGUAUGCUGUAUCUGCACAAUCAAGAGAACUAGCAUUUUUACAACAUUCCGAACUCCUCUAGUCAAAGUCAAUGAUCUUAGGAGAUACAUUGUUUAAACACAUGAAAAUAUACAGUGUAUGAUUUCAGCAUGCUCUUGAAACUGUCUUCAUAAACACACCCAAUGCUCUAUCUUAGUAAUUGGCAAUGCUAAUAAGUCUUAGCUCAUGCAAGGAAUAUGUGGUAGAAUCCAUUUACAUUCUCAGAAGAGGCUCUUGGGAGAUUGGCCCAGUGGUUUGAACAUGACUUGACCACAACUCUGUACAACCCUGCUCCUUGUUCUCUCAGAUAGUUCACGUGCGUGUACAACUGCCUGCCCAAGUGUACAGGUAACUUUUUAAUUUCCCGGUCUCCUGAUCUCUCGACAAGAAGAAAUCUGCGAAUCCUGCAAGAUAACCUUUGUUUUGCUCUUACUCUGAGUCUAGUUCAUGACAAACAGGGCUCUUUAAGCUCAUAAAUCUCCCUGAUUCCCGUGGGGUGAUGCUUGACAGCCAACCAGCAGCUCUGCCACCAGAAGUCAGUUCUCCCCGAAAAAGAAGAAAAUAAAACUUGGCAGAGCAUGCCCGGACCCCGCGCCACAAACCGCCCCCCGCCCCCCGGCUCUGCUGAACUGUCAGGCAUGAGCCGCCUCUUGAAAAAGCUUGGUAUGUUUCUUUGGUAUUUCAUGCUGAUAAGAAAGCUAUUUUCUUUCCUCUAGGAAGUUCUGCAUUUGAGAAACUCACAAAAAUGCAGAGCUCAAAAUGCACAGAACACUUGGAGGAUGCUCUGGCCAAGAGUUAAAUAGUUCUUAGAGACUCACUCUCAAUAAGAAACCAGUCACAGCUCUUUGUAGAACAGAGCUAUAAGCUUCCAGAGCAUUUAAAUAAUGGAACUUUACAUUUGGCUAUUAUAAAGUGCACAUACAAUUGAACAAGCUGGAAAAAAAUCAAGUGAGGGCAGGGAUAUAGGAGGUGAAUUUAUUAAGGCUUCCUAGGAGGGGUUGGAUAUAACAUUAUUAUUUACUUCAAAAUAAGGGUCGUUCCCAGUGACGUACAUGUUUUCGUCCCCUGCAUUGGGUAAGACCUACAAAAGUCCAGCACUGGUGUGUCAUUCCAGACAUUCGGAAACUAUAAUAGUUUGGCAUUCAUUGGCUUUUCCCAUAAAGAAUCUAAGCAUAGGUCUUUCUGGAAGCCUUCACAGUCUGUGCUUGAAAAUGGUUACUCAUUCCUAGUUACCCUUGUGAUACAGCUGUCUGUUGACUCUGUUUAAAGAGACAUCUUAAGGUCUUCUCCAAACAUAAUAGUGUCUCAUACAUGGCUGCUGAACUGAAAUUCUAACCACCCCACCCCAAAAAAGCCACCUCUAAAGAGAUCCCCUUACCUUUCAUAUAAAAAACUGUGUUCCAGACUGACUCCUUGUAAUUUCAGAAUGUCCAUUUCUAGUUCAUGAGAGAGAAAAAGAAAUAGAGUAAGUCCCUAGUUUGACACGUGUUUAUCAAAAACAAAACCAUCAGAACUUUAAAAUAGAUGCAGAGUGCAGUCGCUUUCCCUUCCUGGACCAAUUUACUUCAUCUAAACGCAGACCGUCCCUAAGGCCAGAUGUUAAUAUCCUCACAUGUUCAUCACGCACAUACACAAGAGAGAACCCCCAACAAUCCGGAGCAGCAGAGCAGUCAGUUGUACACUCAAACCUACUAUCUCUUUUUAAAUAUUUUCAAAGCGACAUUUGACUUACAAUAAUUUGUAUUUCUCUGGUAACUUUCAGAAAGCACUUUCCUAGUGUACAGAAAAGCUUUUCACUUGAUUCCAACGUUUCCAAUUAAGUCAGACUUUGGAAAAAAUCAUAGAUGUUUUGUAUGAUAUUCCAUUGCACUCAAAAAUACGUGCUCUCCCAUGUGUCAGUGUAACUUGCUAUUGAAAUACCUGCUUCCAAAAUGUCCUGAUUCUGGAAAAGAAAUGCCUGAAUACUUCCUGGUCAGUGAGAUCAGACGGAAGCGCACACACUAAGACUGUAUCUCGGCUCUUCAUUGCCGCUCCCGGGUAACGUUCUCUGGCUGGAUUUCUGCUGCACUCUGAAGGACUUCUGCUCUCAGCAGAGAGCCUCUGUACACUGUCAUCCUCUGAUUUUUUUGUUGGUUGGAGAGCAACAGCAAAAACUCUACAAGAUGUCGCGAACACAGAUACAUGGGCCAAGGGGUCUCAGUGUGUGCUGAACGUGUGUUCUCAGAUGCAAGAAAGGAAGGUUAGAGAGGAGGAGAAAUGCUGUUUUUUUAUUACUGUAGGGUAAACCUGACAAUUCAGAACUUUGUGAAUUGUCAGCUUGU